AUGAGCAUUAUUUUUGAACCAGCCGUUCUGAGACGUACAAGUCUCUUUUGUAACAAGAUGUGUUCAAAACAGAUCAUAAUUGCUGUUGCUGUUCUCGCGUGUUUAUUCAACUGCACAAACGGAGAAUGCGACGUGGUGAGUAAGAAGGAGUGGGAUGGGCUGGACGCCGUGAAAGUCAACUACCUGCCAAGGCCUGUGGACCUGGUAAUUAUACAGCAUACGGUGACCCAGCCCUGCACCACGGAUGCGCGCUGUGCACAGAUCGUCCAGAACAUACAGACCUACCACAUGGAACAGCUGAACUUAUGGGACAUUGGCAGCAAUUUCUACGUGGGUGGCAACGGGAAGAUCUACGAAGGUGUAGGAUGGCUCCACGUCGGCGCGCACACCCGCGGCUACAACAGUCGCUCCAUCGGCAUCUCCUUCAUCGGGAACUAUAACAAUGAUACACCCACAACGGAAAUGUUGGAUGCUGUGAAGGCACUCCUCAAGUGCGGCGUGGACGCUGGCCACCUAACCGCCGAUUACCACGUGGUAGGGCACAAACAGCUCAUCGCCACCGAGUCCCCUGGCCGCAAAUUGUACAAUAAGAUCCGCUCCUGGCCCCAGUGGAUGGAGGACGUCAGCUCUCUCAAGCAAUAA